CGGCGACACGGGUUAGGGUUGAGCGUCACUUUUCAGUGCCUCCCCGUGCCUCCCCAUGCUUCCCCCACGUUUGCUCUGUCUGAAUCGGGCGCUGUUCGGCCGAGGUCGGGCAGUGCGGGAAGGCGCUCCGCAGCCUCCGUCCCGGGCAAUUUUGCCAAUUGGCCAACCAGUGUGAGUUGAAACUUUUGUGCCCCGCUUAUGACACUGGCAGGCCACCAACGCCAACGUCAGCCCCACAGUGACUGCACUGCACCGAGGGGAGCAGGCGCUUGUCAUGACCACGCGAGCCACGCUGACCUGAAUUGCCUCUGGCUCGUUCCCGUCCCUUUUCCCUCAGACAAACCUCUGGAGAUUCAUACCCUCCUCCCCUCCGCUCUAUUCGCAAAAACGAUGCUUUCCUCCCUCAGAAUUGCGUCGCGGCGGGCGGCAGUGACCCGGAACUUUGCGGCGGUUCGCGCUGCGUCUACAUGGGCCAAUGUCCCGCAGGGUCCUCCUGCCGAUUCGUUCGAGAAGAAGAUCAACCUCGGCGUUGGCGCGUACCGCGAUGACAAGGGAAAGCCCUAUGUGCUCCCGUCUGUGCGCCAGGCCGAGCAGAAGGUGAUCGAGUCGCGCCUGAACAAGGAGUACGCCGGCAUCACGGGCGUACCUGAGUUCAGCAAGUCGGCCGCCGUGCUCGCCUACGGCAAGGACAGCUCGGCCCUCGACCGCCUGGCCAUCACCCAGUCCAUCUCGGGCACCGGUGCUCUGCGCAUCGGCGGCGCCUUCAUCCAGCGCUUCUUCCCCGGCAGCAAGACUAUCUACAUCCCGACGCCGUCAUGGGCCAACCACGCGGCCGUCUUCAAGGACGCGGGCCUGCAGGUCGAGAAGUACGCCUACUACAACAAGGACACCAUCGGCCUCGACUUUGAGGGCAUGGUCGCCGACAUCAACAAGGCCCCCAACGGCAGCGUGUUCCUGUUCCACGCCUGCGCGCACAACCCCACCGGCGUCGACCCCACGCAGGAGCAGUGGAAGCAGAUCGAGGCGGCCGUCAAGGCCAAGGGCCACUUUGCCUUCUUCGACAUGGCCUACCAGGGCUUCGCCAGCGGCGACAUCCACAAGGACGCCUUCGCCGUGCGCCACUUCGUCGCGCAGGGCCACAACAUCUGCCUGGCCCAGUCCUUCGCCAAGAACAUGGGCCUGUACGGCGAGCGCAUCGGCGCCUUCUCCAUGGUGUGCGCCGACGCCGAGGAGCGCAAGCGCGUCGACUCGCAGAUCAAGAUCCUGGUGCGCCCGCUGUACUCGAACCCGCCCAUCCACGGUGCCCGCAUCGCCGCCGAGAUCCUCAACACCCCGGCUCUGUACGACCAGUGGCUGGUCGAGGUCAAGGCCAUGGCCGACCGCAUCAUCACCAUGCGCGCCCUGCUCAAGGAGAACCUCGAGCGCCUCGGCUCCAAGCACGACUGGAGCCACAUCACCAGCCAGAUCGGCAUGUUCGCCUACACCGGCCUGACCCCGGAGCAGAUGGACCAGCUGGCCAAGGAGCACAGCGUUUACGCCACCCGCGACGGCCGUAUCUCGGUCGCCGGCAUCACUUCCGACAACGUCGGCCGCCUGGCCGAGGCCAUCUUCAAGGUUAAGGGUUAAACAAAAAAAGGUAGAAGGGGUGGAAAGAGGGGGAAGGAGGACUCGGAGUAAUGGGUGGAUGGAUGGAUGGCUGGCCGGCUUUCUGACUGACUGACUGACUGACUGACU